AUGUCAAAUAGUAUACGACAAACCAGUAUACGACAAACCAGUAUACGACAACCUAGUGUUUCUACACAACAGAGGUUGGAAUUCCAUGAAAAACCAAGCAUAAAACAAGUUACUUUAAGGGCCACAGUUAGCGGCUUACUAAUAGGAUCACUGAUAUUGGUAUCCAACUUCCAAUUUGGCUUACAGACGGGAUGGGUUUCAAUGAUGUCCUUACCUGCUGCAUUGCUUGCGUGUGCGUUCUUUAAACAAGUUUGGCCUCUAAUAUACCCCGGUGAUACUCCAUUCACUGACGUAGAGACCGUUUAUGUACAAAGCAUGGCGGUUGCUGUGGGAACAGGUCCACUUGCAUAUGGGUUCAUAGGCGUUAUACCUGCAAUUGAAAAAUUCUUAACUGCUGAAGAAACUGGUGGAACAAGAAAACAAGGAGAAGCAUUCCAUUUAAACCAGCUAUUGCUUUGGGCAUUAGCACUUGCAUUUUUUGGCAUAUUUUUUGCUGUGCCACUUAGGAAACAAGUCAUCAUCAAAGAGAAGUUACCAUUCCCAAGCGGUAGCGCUACGGCUAUUUUAAUAGCAGUGCUUACAGGAUCUGAGAUAAUGCAGGAGAUCACCUGCAAGGAAUUAAUAAAACUUAGAAAUUCUAGAUUGGAUGAAUGUCCAGAAGUUUUCCAACCUGCCACUGAGGAGGAAACCCUACAGCUUUUGUCAUCCUAUCACAGUAAUAAUUAUAAUGCAGUAGGUGAAGAUGAAGAUGAGAUCCAAACUGAGAAAUCCCAACUAUAUUCAAAAAAUAUAAGUAUUUUAUUGAAAACAUUUUUUGUAUCUGCAGGCUAUACAAUAACGUCAUAUUUUAUUCCUGCUAUUAAAAGAAUUAAUAUAUUUGGUUCGUAUCUAUCAAAAACUUAUGAGUGGAAUUUUCAACCGUCUCCAGCAUAUGUCGGUCAAGGUAUUAUUAUGGGUUUGUCUACAGUGUCAUACAUGCUUUUUGGUUGUAUAUUAGGAUGGGGGGUUCUUGCUCCAUUGGCUCAUUACAAAGGUUGGGUAUCUCGUGAUACAGAUUUCCACGAUUGGGAAAAUGGAGUUUAUGGAUGGCUUAUUUGGUCAUCUUUAGCUAUUAUGGUCGCAGAUAGUGUUGUAGGAUUCAUUACCUUAACUGUAAGAUCGUUAGUUAGAUUCAUGUUAGUGGAUGACAGGGUAAGCUUGAUUAACGAAGCUUGGGAGGAUUCUUGUCAAUCGAUGCUAUUAGAAGAGGAAGAUAUGAUAAACCGUAAAAAUAGUGUCUGUGGGGGUUUACAUAAUACAGUAAAGUUGAUGAGUGCUGAGACAGACAAUGAAGUAUCUCCAAAACAUUUAGUGGCAUACACAACAGUAAUUAGUGGUCUUAUAAUUUCUUCAAUAAUAUGUGUCGUUAUAAUAAUAUACAUAUUUGGAGUUGAUAUAAUACCUAUUUAUGCUAUGGUUUCAGCUUUACUUCUAGCAUUAUUACUUUCCAUUCUUGGGAUAAGGGCGUUAGGUGAAACGGAUUUGAAUCCAGUUAGCGGCAUUGGAAAGAUUUCACAACUGCUCUUUGCUUUGAUAGUUCCUAAGAACCAUCCAGGUUCAGUACUAUUAAACGUUGUAGCAGGUGGUGUUGCUGAAGCAGGAGCUCAACAAGCUGGUGACUUGAUGCAAGAUUUAAAAACCGGUCAUCUGUUAGGUGCAUCACCAAAAGCACAGUUUACUGCUCAGUUGAUUGGGGCAACUUGGUCUAUCAUAUUAUCAAGUGUAAUGUAUAUGUGUUAUAAUAAAGUAUACUCGUUACCUAACAAACAGUUUAGGAUACCAACUGCAGUUGUCUGGGUUGAUUGUGCAAGGUUAGUGACAGGGAAGGGUCUUCCCACAAAAGCUACGGAAUGUUGUAUUGUUUUUGGGAUUAUAUUUAGCCUUCUAUCAUUAAUCAAAAAUUGUUACAGAGACAGAGAUUUCAAAUGGAUGAAAUGGAUUCCUUCUGGUAUUGCCGUUGGUGUUGGAAUUUAUAAUCCUCCUAGUUUUACCAUUGCCAGAUUUUUAGGAGGGGUAAUUUCUCAUUAUUGGUUAAAAGGUCAUAAGGGCGAUUUUAAUUCGAAAACUACGAUGAUUGUAUUCAGUUCUGGACUUGUGCUUGGAGAAGGAACAUGUAGCAUAUUAAACAUGCUCUUCACGCAAUUUAAGGUACCUCAUUUUUAA